ACUCGCCCUCGUGGCUGAUGCUUUUUCACUUGUGGAUUCCACUUGUGGGAGGAGACUCGUCUCUUUGUGUUGCGGCUCCGCCCAACCAAGCCACCCUUGUAAACAUAUCUAACGCACCUGUUUUACCGUAGUUUGUGGCACGCGCAUUUACGUUCCGUGCCGAGACCAAAUCCGCGCUCGCGCACCAAAUCCAUUUAGUUAGAAAGAAGGCCCCGGUCGAGUCGCUUUUAUAAACAAACUAACCCAGCGGGGGAGCUAAUAAAAGAUCCCCGGAGCGGCGGUAAUCUGUUGGAGGACCAGCCUGACGAAGCAGGAGCGGAUAGGAGAGGAAGAAUGGCGGAUUCGUGCAGCACUGCAGCGGUUGGGGCCGAGGGCUCCGACAGCGCUGCUGCUGCCGGGGCGGUUGGCACUGUUGCGCAGAAUGAAGCCGGAGGCUCCAAGCCCUGCUCGGAGUCGGUGAGGGGCCAGAUUUUUGACGUCGGCCCCCGCUACACGAACCUGUCUUAUAUCGGUGAAGGAGCUUAUGGAAUGGUUUGCUCUGCUCUGGACAACUUGACAAAUCAGCGCGUGGCCAUCAAGAAGAUCAGUCCGUUUGAGCACCAGACGUACUGCCAGCGCACGCUGAGAGAAAUCAAGAUCCUGCUGCGCUUCAACCACGAGAACAUCAUCGGGAUUAACGACAUCCUGAGGGCGCGGCACAUCGAUAACAUGAGGGAUGUCUACAUCGUGCAGACCCUGAUGGAGACCGACCUGUACAAGCUGCUGAAGAGCCAGAGGCUAAGCAACGACCACGUCUGCUACUUCCUCUACCAGAUCCUGCGAGGCCUCAAGUACAUCCACUCUGCCAACGUGCUGCACCGUGACCUCAAGCCCUCCAACCUGCUCAUCAACACCACCUGCGACCUCAAGAUCUGUGACUUUGGCUUGGCACGGAUAGCCGAUCCCGAGCAUGACCACACAGGCUUCUUGACUGAGUAUGUGGCCACACGUUGGUACAGAGCUCCAGAAAUCAUGCUCAACUCCAAGGGCUACUCGAAGUCUAUCGACAUCUGGUCAGUGGGCUGCAUCCUCGCUGAAAUGCUGUCUAAUAAGCCUAUAUUCCCUGGAAAGCACUACCUGGACCAGCUCAACCACAUUCUAGGUGUUCUUGGUUCUCCAUCUCAAGAAGAUCUGAACAGCAUCAUCAACAUCAAGGCCAGGAACUAUUUGCAGUCCCUGCCUGACAAACCUAAGGUUCCCCUGGAGAAGCUCUUCGUCAAGGCCGAUCCGAAAGCUCUGGAUCUGUUGGGCCGCAUGCUGACCUUUAACCCUGUCAAGCGCAUCAGUGUUGAAGACGCCCUGGCUCACCCUUACCUGGAGCAAUACUACGACCCCAAUGAUGAGCCUGUAGCAGAGGAGCCUUUCACGUUCUCCAUGGAACUGGAUGAUCUGCCCAAGGAGACGCUGAAGGAAAUGAUCUUUGAAGAAACUGCUCGUUUCCAGAAAAACUACCAGGGAUCAUGAGACACAGUGCUAAAGAGAGAGAAGGCCACACUAAGGCUUGGAAGAAGAAGACCCCCACAAGCAACAUGCUACAACAAAACAAAAAUGCAUCUUAAAAAAAAUAAUAAUAAAAAAAUAAGAAGUCAAGAAAUAUGAACAUUUAACUGCUUAUCUUUCCAUUUCUACUGCAAAAGAGAGCUAAGUAUAAAUUCCAUUUCUGUGGUCGGAUCUGUCAGA